AUGGAAGCAGAUGAUUAUAAUCAAGAACAAAGCGAAGAGCAGAACCAGGUGUCGCUAAAAAUUGGACUCAUAGGAGACUCUCAAAUUGGCAAGACCUCACUAAUGGUGAAAUACGUUGAAGGGUCAUUUGACGAAGAUUACAUUCAAACUUUAGGAGUAAAUUUCAUGGAUAAACGAAUACAGAUACGCAACACUACAAUAAUGUUUUCUAUUUGGGAUUUGGGUGGACAAAAAGAAUUUAUCAAUAUGCUACCGCUAGUUUCCAAUGAUGCUGUUGCAAUUCUAUUUAUGUUUGAUCUAACACGUAAAUCGACAUUGAAUUCGAUAAAGGAGUGGUACAGACAAGUACGAGGGUUCAACAAGACUGCCAUCCCAUUUCUAGUGGGCACCAAGUAUGAUCAGUUUAUAGACCUACCAUUCCAGGACCAAAUCGAAAUAACACAACAGGCCAAGAAAUUCGGCGCCGCAAUGAAAGCCCCAGUAAUUUUCUGUUCUACAAGCCACUCUAUAAACGUACAAAAGAUAUUCAAGAUUAUAUUGUCAAAGGCAUUCGACAUUAGGUUGAACUUGGAGGAGAUUGUUAAUGUUGGUGAACCUAUAUUGAUAUUUAAGUAG